GGGGCCGGUGGUGGUGCAGAGAUGACAUUGGUUGACAGAGCAGAGAUAGGCUACCAAAUGAGGAUCGUGAGUAAAAUUGAUGACCAGAUUGGGGAAGCUGCUGGUAUCACAUCAUGGGGUGCCGAGUCCGUCGCUGUCUACUAUUGCUUCCAAAAGCAGAGAGCGACGGGGUAG